AUGAGUUUUUGUGAAAGAAAAGAAGAUAGAUGCCCGGUGUCUCAUUCAAGCUUAAGGCUUGUUAGGAAAGUCCUCUCUUUCCAGCGCUCUCCUCUAGCCCUAUCUUUCGCCCAGGUGGAGAGGAGGCCUAUUCGCAGCCUUUUAUCCGAUACAAUACGCACCUUACCUGAAGAUAAAAUUCCCCCUGGCGAACUAUUCAUAUUAGAUUCACCGGCUGGAUUCAGGAAGCGUGAAAGCGGUCAGAUGGAAGUUGUUCUUACUUUCGAACGGAGAAGCACCAACUCCAACUAUUCAUGCCAUCUUCAUUGGGCUGACAAGAAAAGGCAGCUUCCAAGUCCUUCCCUCGUCCAGUCCAUGGCCCGGUCUUUCUUUUGA